AUGGCUCUUCAAGUACCAUUCGUGCCUUAUGUCGCAGCGAUAACCGUGGCUGGGUACUCAGUAGGCAAGCUGAGCGAAACAACUACAGCAAGCAUCCUUUCCUGGUUACUUCCAACAGCUGUACUGUUGCAUGUUUUCUAUUCUUCCUAUAUCUAUCCUUUUUAUUUAUCUCCUCUACGACACGUUCCAACAGUGCCAGGAUUUCCACUAUGGGGUCAGUUCUACGAAAUCAUCACCUCGGAAUGUGCUGUUCCUGCCAGAAAAUGGCAUGCACAGCAUGGUGGUGUAGUGCGCUACUUCUUUCCUUUUGGUUCAGAACGUCUCUCUAUUGCCGACGACGAUGCUAUCAAGCAAAUGACUGUGCGAAACCCUUACAACUGGCCAAAACCUUUACGAGCUAAAGCUUGGAUGUUGCCAGUUCUUGGCGAAGGUGUACUUCUUGCUGAGGGCCAAACACACGUACAGCAAAGAAAAGCUUUGACACCAGCAUUCUCUAUAACAUCCAUCCGCUCCUUGAUGCCUGUUUUCUGGAAGAAAGCACUCCAUAUGUCAGAACUAUGGGAUACAGAAGUACACCAAGAACCAACAAAGACCAAGUCCUUCGAGGUUCUGGAAUGGUUGAACAGGACGACUUUGGAUAUUAUCGGCAAGGCAGGCUUGGGAACCGAUAUCGACUCGCUAGAUGAUCCAGAAACUCCUCUAAGACAAGCCUACAGAGCAUGCUUCGACUUUGGUCUACAAGCACGUAUCAUCAACGGUCUGGCGGCGUUCACACAACUUGUGCGACUGGUUCCGGCGAAGACCAACAAGGAUAUUGCCUUUGCCAAGAACACAAUUCUUUCACGAGCGACCGAUAUCAUCAAGCAGAAGCAAGUUGAAGCCCAGGAAAACAAAAAGACUUCUAAACCCAAGGAUAUUAUUGGACUUAUUGUCCGCGACAAUAUGACAGCUUCCAAGGAGGAUGCUCUGACCAUCGACGCGAUGCGCGAUCAGGUGAUGACCUUCCUUGGUGCAGGGCACGAUACUACUGCCACAUCCGCUGCUUGGACGUUGAUGUUGCUUGCGAAGCACCCUGAGAUACAGACCAAACUCAGAAAUGAGAUUCGCGAAUCCUUGCCCUUCUUGUUCGAUGAUUCUAAGAGAUAUGAUUCUGCGAUGUUCGAGAAGGCUGAUGUCGAUUUGCUACCAUAUCUGGAGGAUGUCUGCAAGGAGUCAUUGAGAUAUAUUCCAUCCAUCCCGAUGACAGUGCGCAGGUCGCGCGAAGACGAUCAGAUGGGUGGUUACUUCGUUCCAGCUGGCACCACUGUCUACCUGAUGGCAAAUGCUAUCAACCGGUUGGAAAGCUACUGGGGCCCUACUGCAAAUACCUUUGACCCUGAUCGCUGGCACAAUCUCCCACCUACCUAUACCACGAACGCUUUCAUGACAUUUUUACAAGGUCCACGUGGGUGCAUUGGCAGAAAAUUUGCCGAAGUUGAGAUGAAGGCCUUGCUUUGUGCGCUGCUGAGUAAAUUCACCUUCGAGAUGGACAAGACUUUCAAAGAGGAUCCCGAAGACUUGAAAAUGUGGCGACUCGUCUUGCGACCAAGAGAUGGUAUCAAUCUACAAGUUUCACCUAUUAAAGCAUAA